CGUCCUAGCAACGUGGAGACUGCCUACCUCCAGCCCCCGCGCUCCGAGGUCCUGGAGUCUCCCCUUCUCAUCCCCGCGCCACCCCCUUCUCCCGCACUCACACGCCUAGCCUGAGGCUGCGCUGCCAACCGCGCCCUUAAAGCGCCCUAAGGCGUCUAGCUAGGGAGACCUCCAAGGGACAGGGAAAGAGGUAGGGUGGCAGAAGAAAUAUCAUUUAACAAGAGAAGCAAAACCAAAAUAGUAGAGAGAGAGUGAGAGAGAGAGAGAGAAAGAGAGAGAGAGAGAGAGAGAGAGAGAGAGAGAGAGAGAGAGAGAGAGAGAGAGAGAGAGAGCUAGUAAAAGCAAGUGCAGAGAGAAAAAGGGAACUCCAGGUGAAAGAAGCGGUGCCUUAGAGGUGACCAGGGGGUGUGAAAAUUAAUUUUAAACACAAUAUAGCAAAACAAAGCAAAAAGGGUACAAAAAAAAACACAAAGAAAAAAAAUUCAAGCAGCAAAAUCCAAACUCAAGAAGUCAUCGCACUGUUAAAGGAAUUCGGAAACCAAGAUGCUGGAUACCAUCCACCCAGCCCUCCUCGAAUUAGGAAAACAGGUGCUCCCCACACUGCCGUCGCUGUCUCAGGAUGAAGUCUCUAAUAUCUGGGCAAAUGUGUCAGAAUUUGUGGAACGGCAGCUAUCCUUACGCAAGGGGGUCCAGAUUCCGGGAUUUGGAACCUUCACCUUUGUAAGGCAAAGACUUGACGUGGGAAAUAAUAAGUUUAUUCUACUUCAGAGGCCUGUGUUUGUGAUAGCCGAGAAGUUCGCCCAAAUGCAUGGACUCAAACAAAACAAAAUAUUUACUCCCGGUGAUAUCCCAGUUGUUCAGCUUAACUUCGUCAUGAUAUCCCUGGAGGGUCCUUUUAACAGGGAUGUGGUGGAAGGAUGUGUGAAGGAAACGUUGCUCUUUUUAUCUCGGUCCAUUUCUGUCAAACAAAAUGUGGAGUUUACAUUCAAGGGAAUAGGGGUCCUCAUGAUUAGAGACAGCAAAGUGAAGAUGAGGUUUUAUAAGGACUUCCUGUGUGCUAUGGAUGGAAGUGGGAAUCUGGUUAAAGCUCUUUCAAAUAGGCCUGGGACGACGGACUCAGUGAUGUCCAACAGAGAGGGCACCGCACAGCGUCCUUGUAGUGUGUACACUUUCCCAAGGAUUGAGUCCAAGGAUCCAGAAACCAAACCAGCUAUAGAAACCAUUGAAGUUGAAACGAGUGGCCCUCUGGAGUCCAAGAACAAAGACCAGGGAGAAAAAGAAGAGGUCAGAGAGAGCAUUUUAGCCAAGAGGCUCCGGGCUAGGCAAGCCAUCUCUCCAGUCAAAGUGACAGGAAUCAACUUGAUAGACAGGGUGGAGAAGAACAAUCAGCUGAAGCCAGCUCCUGAAAGAUUAAAAUCACCAGGUUCUCCAAAACCAGAUAUGGACACGAAGCUGAAAACUGCUAUCCCACUUUGCCAGGGCCACGUAAAAGCAGGACAGGAGAUGUGUUAUGUAUGCUUACAACGAGCCCAACGCAAUGUGCCAGUGUACUGCAGCGAAGAGAGGAAAAGGAAGGAAAUAGAAGAUGACCGGAUCAUACAGCAAUAUCAAAUGCUGAAAGACCAGGAGGCCCUCUAUAAACAUCAGGCUAAAAACUUGGCCAUUAGAGAACAAAAUCAGAAAAAUGCUGCAUAUAAUCUUGGAGUUGCCGAAGCUAUCAGAAGCCAUAGGAUUGAGAAGCCUGAGUUUUAUAAAUCCUAUAUUUUUGACAAACGACCACUUAGUCCUGAGAUUAAUUCUGCUAAGCAAGAGGAAUAUUCCCAAGGUCUUUUGAAACAAAUGGAGAGCAAACGAGAAAAGGAACUAAAGCAGAAACAGAAUACCGAGCUAAUGGACCGCCUGGAACAAGUGCAGCUCACGGAAGAUUUGGCUGCCCAAAGAUCAAAGUACUUAAAAGAUAGGAUGGAAGAAGCGCACUAUUACAAGAGGGCCUUGGAUGCCCAGAUAAAGAACAGGCCACCUCCACUGCCCGUGUUUGAGCCGGAUUCAUCAGAGCCUAUUGGGAAGAUGGACACGUCUAAUGAACGUUUGGCAGAAAGGAAGCAGCGGGAACAGAAGUACAUGAAACACCAGCUGCAGACGGUUGCCGACCAGAAGAGGACAGCCAUCCUGCGCCAGCUGGUGGAUCAGAAGCGGGAUAUAGACAUGUUGCAGAAGACCCAGAGAGAGCACUUGGCAGACAGAAUGGCGGAGCUUGAGAAGACAAUGAAGAUGAACCAAGGUCUGCAGGAGAACUGGGAGAAAAGUGCUGAGCUGAAGAGGCAUCGGGAUAUGGAGGAAAAAAUCUUUAAACGGGCUUCUGACAAGUUGUUCAUCCUGGAUCAAUGUGAGAAGUACCGACGCUGUUGCCAGUGUAAGAGGCGUCUGAACAACUGUGGGGAAACUAACCUGUGGCCGAUGACCAGACACUUACAUGGCUCCAGACUGCUGGUUUAAAAGAAACGUUUGGGCCUGGGUUUCCUGGGGAAAAGUUUUACUCUUUUUGGAUAUGGUGAUGUGACUGUGGACUGCUUAUCACACCUCAAUGAAAACAAUAUUACGAGGUUUUUUUUGUGC